GCCUCAACUGGCAGACUGAGCAAGAUAGAGAGAAAGAGGGGAGGAGAGACAGUGUCAAAGAGAGAGCGAGAGAGAAGGAAUUCGCAGUGUGUUUCGGUAUUGUAACUACAGCACGUCGGGAUGUUAGCUCGCGCUUGGCUGUGGGCUCUUCUGUCCCUGUAUUCCCAGCUAGCUACCUGCCACGAGCCCGCCGAGGGAGACAGGGCUCUUCCAUCAAUCCUGAAUUCCGGGAUAAAUGGUUCGGAACUUGUGGGGGUGAGAAGGGGGGAGGGGCAUGUACCUGCUGGCCACACCCUAAGAAGUUUAUUGCAGACAGGGUCAUCCCGGAGGUUACUGCAGACGCCCGGAGCUGCAGUUCCCUUUCCUCCCCUCAAGGUGAUGGGGGAUGGCAAGCCGUGUAUUCUUUUCCGGGCUCGGAGGAUCGCUCUGCGCUACCAGAACAACAGCUUGGUGGACCUGACCCAGCGCGCCUUCUCCCCUGACAGCCCCGUGGACACCAGGGGGUCCGUCUGCUACAAGGACAAGGCCCAACUGGUCCUGAAGUUUGGAGAUGUUGAAGAUUUGAGAGCCCUGUCAAUAAGGCUCCAGAUGUCCAGUAAAUUCUAUGAGUCUGCGGGUCAGAGCUGGUUCUCCUUGGACCGUGUCUCCCUGCACUACAACUGGAGCGAGGAGGCGCGUUUCAACGUGACGGAAGUGUACGCUCCGGCCACCUCGUCCUACCACUGUCAGCACGUCAGCAACCUGCCCCGCUACAGCCCCCUGCUGGUGGCCAGCGGCAGCACCGACCCCGCGCGCCUCUGGAGCCUCACCUUCACAGACUUCCAGCUCCAGGCCUUCAACGUGUUUUCGGGGAAGUUCUCGUCCCCGGCCGACUGCGCCACCUUCCUGACGCCGGCGGUGCUGAUGGGUCUGAUCUCCUCCCUCAUCCUCCUCCUGGUGCUGGCCUACGCCCUCCACAUGGUGGUGCACCUCCGGCACGUCGACGACUACGACCACAAGACCACCGUGUACUUCCCCCGCGCACCCGACUCCGACACCGUUUCAGCCGACAAGAGCAGCCCGUAGAGCCCGGGUCCCCUGGCUCUCCCGGCCCCUUCAGUAGUAUCGCAAAGGAGCAGGUUGGCAGGGAUUGAGGGUAAUGGGACAAAGACCACUUAAAGGGGACAUAUCAUACCACCAGGUGUGAGUGUG